AUUUGGUAAAGUUCCCGCCUCGGCCACGUGACCUCCGUAAGUUCUCCCGAAAACCGCUAGAGUGCUUUAGCUUCGUGAAGAACUCAUUCGCUCGUGGAGCUUCGUCGAUUCACGUAGUUUUCCAGGCAUAUUACGAACGAUCGUUCGAGGUACUAUCAUUAUGGCGUCACGUGAGUUUCGUUCCCGGUAAUUCUAACCUUUUAACUUGUUGAUCGCCUAGUGCGUAUACACGUGUAUCGUUAAUAUCGUUUAAAUGAAAUAAGUGUAAUUUUGGGAUAUUGUAUCAAGAUGAAGAACAAGCCGAUACGUCACAAGGAAAAAAAUACUUUUCAGUUUAAAUCAUUUUCCGAACGGGUAAACGAAAUUGAUAUCGACGUUUUUCAUCGCGUAGUACAUAAAAAUGAAGAAAAUAACGAGGAAGUUGAAACGUAUUUUCAUGAAACGCUUCAAAAAUUGAAUUUUUUGAAUUUAACAGAGGGUUAUUGUAGCUUUAAAAGACAAGUCCGUGAAAUCGUUACUCUUCCGCAAUUGCUCAAUAAGAAGCAGUAUGUAAUUGAUUUACUUUUGGAAUAUUUAAACAAGCGAGAUGUUUUGUUUUUACAACCAAUACUGGAGUUAGUGGUUGCCUUGGCAAAAGAUCUGCAAAAAGAUUUUUACGAGUAUUUCCCCGAAUUUUUAAGCGCUAUAAUCGGCUUAUUACAAACUAAAGACCCGGAGCAAAUAGAAUAUGCAUUCGUAGCUCUUGCCUACUUAUUCAAAUUUUUAUGGCGAUAUUUGGUCAAAAAUGUAAAAACUGUUUUGGAUUUGCUAUUGCCACUUUUAAAUGACACGCAACCAGGUUAUGUCAACAACUUUGCUGCAGAAAGUUUUGCUUUUGUCGUUCGCAAAAUUAAAGACAAAGAAGCAUUUGUUAAAUUACUGUUAAAUAUAUUGGAGGACAAUCGACAUAGCGUUACCGGCUGUGGAAGAUUAAUGUUCGAAGUAAUAUCCGGCACACCAGGUCAAUUUCAUUCCUGUGCAGAUCAAAUUUUAUUACUUUAUUUUCAUUCUCUAAAAGAUGAAUCCGUAAAUCAAGAUCUCGCAUACGGCGUUAUGGGACAAGUGACGAAUUGUAUUCUACAAAAUAUACAUUCUUCCAAAUGCGACGUACUUUGGAACACUUUCUUGAAAGUGUUAGACACAACAACCAAGGAACUGAAGAUCGUAUCAGGAAGAAAAAGUCAUUUAGAACUUGUUUUGCGUCUCAUGAAUGUUGUUCUUACUCAUAAAAAUGGAAGGAUGCUCAACGAUCCUGUACCUUUGAUUAAAAAACUGGUAAAUAUGAUCGAUGAUUUUCGAAUGGAUAAUAGCGUUUCAUCGGAGAUUAUCAAUGCACUAAUUAAUAUUCUUCUAUCUAACGUUAAAUUGGCUCAAGAAACUUCUAGUCAUUUACUUCUUAAAGUAAUGUCUAUAGAUAACGUAGAAUUAUUAUAUAAUGCGGUUGAAAAACUGAUACAUUAUUCGUCAUUCGAGUCAUUGGUAUUACCGCAUCUGUUGAAAAGGUGUAAUUCCAUUGGAUUGAAAUCUGAAGAAGUAAGGUUGUUGGGUAAAAUAAUAAGACAGAAAGCACCUCCUUGCCUCAGCGGUUUGACUUUAAACAGAUGGAAGAAGUUCAACCUUGACGUAAGAAACGUGUCGAAGGAAAGUAUUGAUUACUUCUCGAAAGAAUUGAACGCCGUAACUGAUUUCACAUCAUCAGAUGCAUUUUGGAUUAUAAUGAUCGUACCACAUUUAAAAUUUUUACCCGAAGAUAUUAAAGUCUUGAUAAGCACGCAACUCCGAACGGUUUACAGUAAAAUAUUACAUCACGAAAAUAUGGAAAAUAUUAUGGAACUUGAGAAACUUAAUCUCAUAUUUUUGUUCUUACUCGAUACGACGAUUCAUAUUUUGGAAAGAGACGAAUUUUAUGAAUUCACAAAGUCGCAUGACAUACAGAUAAUGCGUGUAAUGGAAAAACAGAGUAAUGAUCCUUUCGUUCUCAAUGCUGUAGACUUGUAUCUAACAUUUUACAAUGGAUCGCAGUAUCAUGAAAAAUUCUUCAAUCUGGUAGUAUUUGACGCGCUACACGACUGCAUAGUAAAAAAGUUAAAUUCGUCCGUUCAUUCGACACGCUUGGUCGUAACGCAUCUGUAUUCGUUGUUCGCUAACGUCAAAGGUAUAAUGCUAUCCAAAGAAAAUAUCGACAAGAAUGCUCUGGAUCUGAUUUAUCUAGCUGAAAGCGUACCGGCGACGAUACAACGAUAUCGAGAUAAAUUGUUGCAUUUACAGAGCUUAACAUUUGAAAGUAAUGCUACGACCAAUUUAGAUCCUAAGUACUACGAGAUUCCCCUUAGAUAUUUAUUAGGAAAUUUUUAUGUAAACUUCUCUUUAUUAUGGGAUCCUGUAAGUAAAAUUAUUGCAAGCUACGCUACCAAAGAAUGUACUCAGUUUUGGUCGGUAUUUCUUUCCGAAUUGAAAGAUGCAGAUGCGACUAAUCGGACGUGUCAACAAGUACAUCGAUCUGAAAUAAUUCAAAGUUUGGAGUUGCAGGUAUACGAAACGGAUGAUAAACCAGAUUAUAAUAAUUAUAAAAUUCUUCUUUGGAAGUGCAUGCCUCUUUUCGUAAAUUACUGCGAAAUGAAAAACAGAGAUUUAACAAGUCUAUUUAUUGAAUUUGUAAAUAAUAACUUCUUCAAGUCUAAUUCCGAGGAUGCUAAAUUUUGUAGUAUUAAGAAACAUGAAAAUGUAUCCAUCGCAAACAACGAUAAUACGGACGAAGAAGAGGAUGACGAUGACGAAACAACGGAGAAAGAUGAAAUAUCUUCGAAAGCGGACAAUAAAAAAUUACCCGCUCGAGCAAGGAUAUACAAAAUAAAAUUAUUACUGGCGCAAAUGGAAAUAUAUGGGAAGAUGAUGAAUCCCAACGUGUUAUAUAGAGAAACAGAAAUGCGUAAAAUAUAUUUGGAUUUGCUUUCUUCUAAAAAUUCUGAAAUACAAAGUGCUGCCUUAAAUUGCCUUUGUACGUAUAAAUAUAAAUAUCUUUUACCAUAUAAAGAUCAUUUAUAUAAUUUAAUCAGUGAGAAAAAUUUUAAGAACGAACUUGCGCGCUUUAAAGUCGACACGGAAAGUAAUUGUAUAUUGGAUGAAGAUCGCGACGGGCUUAUGCCCAUGCUGAUGAGAAUCGUUUAUGCAAAGAUGAUAAUGAAAACUGGAAUGCGAACUGGUGGUAAAGCUGGUGGAUCAUUAAGACGCAAAGUUAUAUUGCGCUUUCUUGCUGGCUCUCGGGAAGACGAGAUGAUUAUGUUCGUUGAAAUGGCCUUUAAACCUUUCCAAAGAUAUUUAUCAUUCUCCUCGAGUGCGUCUGUUGACUUGAACGUGUUAAUAGAGAGCAUCGUCAAUACCGUUGAUCUAACUAACGUCAUACCGCCGAAACGUUUGAGAAGCGCCAUGAAUUUAUUGGGGAUUAUAAUGGAGCAAUUUGGGGCAAAAAUGUCAACAAAACUUUUACCACAUUUGCUUGGUCUAUCGAUGUGCAUUGGGGCUAUAGUCACGGGGAUAUUACAAAGAUCGGAUCAAGUUCAUUCUGGUUAUUUAUCGACGAUCAAAAAUGUAAAAACUAAUUGCAUUGCUAUAAUGGCAAGAUUCUUUUCCCAUUUUGAAAAUUACGAAUGGAAGAAGCAUGAAAUAGAUGCUGUUUUCAAUGUCGUGGUAUUUCCUUGGUUGGAAAAAUUACCUAUAGAAGGGAUUCAUAGUCCUACUGCUUUGUUGAAAUUAUUUAUUUCUUGGAGCCAAAAUUCACGUUACUAUCCUCUAUUCGUGAGGCAUCGGGACAGCGAUACGAAUAUUACCGUUCUUCCUUAUAUCAUGAAACUUUUGUUGGGACCUAAAACUCAUUCGUCCGUAAUUAAUGCUAUUUUGGAAAUGAUCGAAAAAAUGUUAACAACGGAGGAUUACGGAAGAAUUAAUCCAGACGCAGACAAAAUGGAUACGGAUAUACCUUUUCUACCGUUAACGUCUGUCCUCGCAAAUCUACUUCCCGUGAAUGACAAGCUUCUGUCAGAGGGAAUUAAUUAUGGAUCCAUUAUUUUACUUCCGCACGUCGACGAUAUUUUAGAAUAUAUGAAGAGAAAGCUUAAGAAUUCUGGCAGAGGUAUGAAUAAAACUGAAUUAAUUAUUCUAUCGCGCAUUUCUGAGUUCGCAAAAGAUCCGGAUACGUGCGACACGUUAUUGGUACUUAUUUUACCGAUAUUAAUGAAGAAAGCAGUAGCAAACGAAAGCGAAGAUGUUAUUAUCGAAUUCAUUACGACCGUUACGAAUCUCAUGAAACAUGUAAAAUCAGCAGAAACUCAUCUAAGAGCUGUCGCACCUUUGCUCGGUGCGGUAUCGGCGGUACCUGCCCGCAAACUUUCGAUUCAAUUGUACAAUAUUAUUGCUGAAAGAUCUGCCGAAGAAAAUCAACGAUUAAUCGUGCAAAAUUACAACUUAUUGCAAGGGCUCAAUGCGUGGGAUCACAGAUGGAUCGAUCAGCCUGAUUUUCAAAAAAGGUUGAAUGCCUUCGGUGACAUUAAUAAUUUGAUAGAAAAAAAUGAAAUAGCCCUAAAUUGUGGCGUGUCUAUCAUAUAUAAUUGCUUCUUCUUCUUAAAAAAUGAAUCGGAUUUAGCUAUAAAGGAUUAUGCUGGUCAGUGCCUUAAGAAUCUUGGACCCAAUUUGGCAAGAAAGUAUAAGGAUAAUCCAUCUGACAGACGUUAUUUGAUGGAUGAAACGAUCUUACAGCUUAUAAAAAAAGGAAUAAAUAGUAAGUCCGAAGUAUUAUGCUUUCAGUCAAUAGCGUUUUUAGGACACAUGUCGUUAGAAUGUCCGGAGAUACAUCCCGUUUUACGCGACUUAUCAGGAUUGUGCAACAAAGCAGAUCCCGAGGUAGAUUUUUUUGAGAACAUGCGACAUUUGCAAAUGCACAGGAGAGCUCGUGCAUUAUUGAAAUUUUGCGCUGUGUCAAAGACAUUGACCAAACGUCCAAAUCCGAAAACGCUCACACAAUUUAUUCUUCCUCUUGCUUCGACCUAUCUGUGUAAUGAAGCCUACGUCAAUAGAAACAACAUGAUAGAUGCAGCAAUCGAAACAGUUGGUACCAUAUGUAAACUUUUGCCUUGGUAUCACUAUGAGAUCAUUUUAAAAUAUUAUUUAAAUGCAUUGAGAAGAAACGUUCAAUUUCAAAAACAAGUCAUCAGACUGAUCGUGACGAUAUUGGAUUCUUUUCACUAUGACCUCUCGAAAUACAAGCCUUUGGAAGAAAUUUCCUUAAAAGGAACAGCCUUGUCUGAAAGUGGAAAAGAUCUUAACCGUGAGAACGAUGAAGAAGAAGAUGAAGGUAACGGGGACGAACGUGAAAAUGAAGAAGACAAAGAGGAAAGAAUGGACAUGGAAUUGAAUAAUGAAGAUAUUGUCGAUGUAGAAGAUAAUGAUGAGAGAAUACAUGCAGAUUUGCCUGUAUUGCAAAGACAAAUUAUACUGUCGCAAUAUGGAGCAAAACGAGUUAUAUUUGGUAUAUCAAAAGGAUUACUACCACAAUUAUAUAGGUCUAUCGCGGCAAGGACUCGUCAAGAUAGUACACACAAGAUUAAUAAAAAAAAAGCAGCAGCAGAAACGGAAGAGGAAGAUUUAACGAGAGUUCCCAUUGCGUUGGCGCUAGUCAAGUUAUUGCAAAAGCUUCCAGAAGAUAUUUUGGAGUCCCAUUUACCAGGGAUCUUCAUGAAGCUGUGCACCUUUUUGAAAUCUCGUCUAGAAUCUGUAAGGAGAGUUACUCGUGAAGUGUUACAGAAGAUAAUGAUCACCUUGGGACCAAAGUAUCUUCAUCAUCUUUUAAGAGAAUUGAACAGUCUUUUAACAAAAGGCUUUCAAGUUCACGUUCUUGCGUAUACGAUACAUUCUGUUUUAACCGUUUUAAAGCCACAUUUCCAAAAAUUUGAUAUUAAUAGAAACUUGCAAAGUAUUUUAUCAGUUUGCAAAAUUGAUCUCUUUGGAUUGACUGCGGAAGAGAAGGAAGUCAUUGGUAUCGUAAAAAAUAUUACAGAAGCCAAAUCAACAAAAAGUUACGAUAUUUUUCAUAUAUUGGCGGAAUAUAUGACAGAAUCUUGUUUGCUCGAUCUGAUAAUGCCGUUAAGAGAUGUCCUUAUGAGAACACAUUCGCAUAAAACGGUGCAAAAGGUCGUGGAAUGUUUAAAAAACAUUGUCCUUGGUUUAGCAGAUAAUACCUUCAUACCACUUGAACAAAUGCUUAUAUUCUUGUAUGGGGUUGUAUCAGAAAGUAUACCAAAAUUAUUGGCAACAAAGAAGCAUGAACAAUUGACGGAAAAGGAAGUAGAAGUAUUGCAAAGGCAAAAGCCAGAUUGUUUUAUAAUACCUGCAGAACCAAAAAAUAGAAUGGGUAUGAAAGUUGCAUCAAAAACAACGACAAACACGAACGUUCAUGUAAUGGUCGAAUUUGGUUUGAAGUUGUACCAUAUAUUUCUAAAAAGAGAAAAGAUAUCUGAUGCGAUAUUUAAGCCCUAUUUGGAGCCCCUUGUAUUGGUUUUAAGUAACUGUUUGAAGUCUCAACAUGUGAAGCUGUGCACUCUAACUUUACAAUGCCUGAGCUGGAUGCUUAAGAUGGAUUUAAUGUCCGUACGCGAAUCGAUAAGUGACAUUUGCUCUUCCAUCUUCGAAGUUCUACACAAAUAUGCAGCAGCUGGUUUGGGCAAGGGAGAUAAUUUUGAUCUCGUAAUGGCAGCUUUUAAGUGCAUGUCAGUGCUUGUUCGUGACGUAAAGCAUUUUACAAUUACCGCUGAACAAUUAAAAAUUUUACUUUUGUAUGCCGAACAAGAUCUCUAUGACGGCGACAAACAAGCAACAGCGUUUGCCUUGCUUAAGGCAAUAAUUAAAAGGAAAUUAACGGCUCCAGAAAUGGAUGUAGUUAUGAAAAAAGUAGCCACGUUGAGUAUCACAUCGGAAUUGGAACACGUGAGAUUGCAGUCGCGAUCUGUAUUUUACUCAUAUCUUAUGGAGUAUCCUCUUAACAGUCAUCUCGACGAUCACAUAACAUUUUAUUUGUUCCAAUUGAGUUACGAAAUGCAGUACGGCCGUGUUAGUGCAUUACAAAUGAUUAGUAGCAUCAUCACAGGAUUUCCAUUGAAAUCUCUAAUUAAACGUGCAGGAUUCAUAUUUUUGAAUACUAGUGCUAGAUUGGUGAACGACGACGAUCCGACGUGCCGAAAGCUUUGUGCAUCGUGCAUCAAAGAAAUGUUAAUACGAUUGCCUCACAACGAGAGAGAUAAACUGUUCGAUAUUGUAUUUGCCUGGCUGAAAGACUCCCAGAUCAUUCAUCGACGAUUGGCCGCACAGUUAUGCGGUAUAUUUGUCGUGGUUGAAAAAGAAAAUUUUGAGCCGCGUCUCGCAAAUACGUUGCCUAUUUUAUUGCAACAAUUUCAUGACGAUAUCGAUGCCUUGAAAAAACCAGAACCUGGUCAUUAUGUAAAAUUACAUUCUGAAAAGGAAAAUGAUAAAAAACGCAAAUGGAAUUCAAACAUAAAAGAUCCGGAACGAUUAAAGGAUCAUCAUUUAUAUCAAGUGCUGCAAUUAUUGUUAAAACUAUCUGGACAAUGUCCAGGUUUUCUAAAAAAUAAAAGAUACAAUACGGAGAUAUCUUCGUUUGCCGAACACAGUCAGUCAUUGUUGGCACAUCCGCACCUGUGGGUUCGUUUAGGAGCUACGCAGCUGAUCGGUUUUAUACUAUCUGUACUCGACGUAGAGAAAAUCGUGGAACUUAUAAAGAAUCCGGAAGAUCAUGCCACAAUCGAUAGUUAUAUCUAUUCGAACCCUGUCGAUACGUUAAGGAGUUUAUCUUUAGACUUAAUUGCACAAUUACAGCCAGACAUGAUGUUCGAAGAAUUGGCGGACCAAGUCGUGAAAAACUUGAUCUUCGUUGGAAGAAUUUUGAAAUCAGUUGAAAGUCCAAAUAACGAGGAUAUAAAUAAAGACGGUAAUUCUUUAUCUCUCGGUUGGCUGAUGAGAAGAUUAAGGAAAAGUGUAAAUAUAGAAGUGAUUCAGGCACCCAAGUCGAUAUCGGUGAGAAGCGCAGUAUUCAAGUGGAUCGCCGGUAUAGUGGCUACUGUACCAAUCGAAGAAUUAAAUGCGUUACUUUUUAAUUUAAUGUCUCCGUUGGUACGAGAAAUGACCACGACCGAGGAAUCGAAUGCUCCUUUGCGUCAAUUGGCAAAAGAGAUAGCUUCUAUGAUAAAAAAACAAAUAGGUAUCGAAGAAUAUGCGAAAUUACUUAGUAAAGUGCAACAAAAAAUCGAUAGUAAAAAAGCAGAACGCCGGAAGAUACGAAAGCAGCAGUUUGUGACAGAUCCGGAAUUAGCAGCGAAACGUAAAAUUGCGAAACAACAAAGAAAGAAAGAAAGUAAAAAGAGAAAGCUGAACAACGCAAGGGGUAAAAAUAUAUCGAGGAAACGAUUAAAAAAAGAGAUCGAUUUGGAUCAUUUUUAAUUGUACAAGUGUUUUGUUUAUUAAUCUUUACCUUUUUACGAAAUAACAAGUUUUCUUAUCGUUGUUGUGUUAUCGACUUGCCAUUGUAAAUAUGUAACAUAUACGUAUAUACACACACACACGAUGUAGAGCAUCGAAUACGUGUGUUCACGUUUCAUAAGAAUUUUAUAAUGAAAAUUAUAAUUAAGUUGUGUGUUAUCUUA